UUCCGCCUCUUCCCUCCUUCCCAGCCUCAGUUUCCCCAGAGCGCCCGCUAGCGCCCCCCAGCCAUGGCGGAGGCUCACCAGGCCGUGGCAUUCCAGUUCACGGUCUCACCCGAGGGGGUCGACCUGCGGCUCAGCCAUGCGGCCCUGAAGCAGGUCUACCUGGCCGGCCUGCGCUCCUGGAAGAAGAAAAUCACCCGGCUCCAGAACAGCCUUGGUGACAGGCGUGUUCCCCGCCAGCCCGGCCAGCUGGCUGGUCAUGGCCGCAGCCAUCCUGGCCAGCCAGGCUCCGCCUCGACCCCUCCAUGGGGCUCUCGCAGAUCAAGGAGCACCUGCCCACCAGCGGCGUACCCUGUCGGAGCCGGCCGGGCGGGGCUGGGGCUCUGGCCUUCGCCACCCUGCUGUGGCUUGGGGCUGGUGGUGACCAUGCGGGGCGCCCUGCGGGCCCUGCUCUGCUACCACGCGGAUGGGCGAGGAGCAGCCACCCCUCCACGCCACCAAGUGCUGGCUGGCGUCUGGUGAAUCUUUGCCGGCCGCAGGCCCAUGAUGUACAGCUACCAGGCGUCCUGCACGGCUCCCCGUGCCCCUCAUCAGG